CUGGUGAAGGCUAGAUUUGGGGGCUUCCAUUUGUUUGACAGUUGUGUCCUGUUUUUUUAUAUUUAAAUUUUGGUUCUGAGAGAUGGCUAAGGGUAAGAUUAGAGCUAAGAUCAAGCGGAGUCAACUCUAUACAUUCGCAUGUGGGAGAAAGUCUACUCAAGAGGCAGUGCCAUUUGUAGAAGGGGCUGGAUGCUCACGAACUGUACAUUGUAACCAACCUCAUAUGCACAGGAAAAGACCUUUAAAGUAUCGAUCAAAUUACAUAUCGACGACCAAGUAUAAUUUUCUCUCUUUCUUACCAAAAUCUUUGUAUGAACAAUUCCACCGAGUGGCCAAUUUGUACUUCCUUGCAGCUGCAGUUCUUUCACUUACACCCCUUUCGCCAUUUUCUGCUGUGAGCAUGAUUGCUCCCUUGGCCUUUGUUGUAGGGCUUAGCAUGGCAAAGGAAGGUUUAGAGGAUUGGCGAAGGUUUAUGCAAGAUAUGAAUGUUAAUAGUCGGAAAGUAAAAUUUCAUAAAGAGGGAGGCGUUUUUGAGUUUAAGCAGUGGCAGCAGAUUGAGGUUGGAGACGUGGUGAGAGUGGAGAAGGAUGAAUUUUUUCCAGCAGAUCUGCUACUCUUGUCAUCAAGUUAUGAGGACGGGAUUUGCUAUGUGGAGACUAUGAAUUUAGAUGGUGAGACAAACUUGAAGGUAAAGAGAGCUAUGGAUGUAACAUUGUCUUUGGAAGAAGAUGAGGAUUUCAAGAACUUCACAGGAUUAAUUAAAUGUGAAGAUCCCAACCCUAGCCUUUACACCUUUGUUGGUAAUUUAGAUUAUGAUCGUCAAACUUAUUCUCUUGAACCUGCACAAGUUCUCCUUAGAGAUUCGAAGUUGCGCAAUACAGGUUUCGUCUAUGGUGUUGUGAUUUUCACUGGUUUUGAUACCAAAGUCAUGCAGAAUUCCACAAAGUCCCCUUCAAAGAGGAGCAGAAUAGAAAAGAAAAUGGAUUACAUAAUAUAUGUUCUUUUCAGCCUCCUUCUGGUAAUCUCAUUGAUCAGCUCUUUAGGCUUUGCUUUGAAAACAAAGUUCCACAUGCCAAACUGGUGGUAUAUGCGGCCCGAUGAUACAGAGCAAUUCUAUAAUCCCAAAGAGCCUUUUAUAUCAGGGCUUAGCCAUUUGGUCACUGCCCUCAUCCUUUAUGGUUAUUUGAUACCUAUUUCACUUUACGUUUCAAUUGAGGUGGUGAAGGUUUUGCAAGCAACCUUUAUUAAUCAAGACUUACAGAUGUAUGAUGAUGACACUGGGAUUCCUGCGCAGGCUCGGACAUCAAAUCUAAAUGAGGAGUUGGGCCAAGUAGAUACAAUCCUUUCUGAUAAAACAGGCACUUUGACAUGCAAUCAGAUGGAUUUUCUCAAAUGUUCUAUUGCUGGUACUGCAUAUGGUGUGCGCGCUAGUGAAGUUGAACGGGCUGCUGCACAACAGAUGGCUAAUGACCUUGAGCAGGAUGGGAGACAAUCAUCUGUUUCCAGCAAAAGAAGCAAGCAAGAUAUUGAAUUGGAGACUGUUGUUACUUCCAAAGAUGGAAAGGAUAAUAAACCUCCCAUCAAAUUUUUUAGCUUUGAGGAUGACCGCAUGACGGAAGGGAACUGGAGGAAAGAGCCAAAUGUUGAUAUGAUUAUAUUAUUUUGCCGAAUAUUAGCAGUUUGUCACACUGCUAUCCCUGAGCUGAAUGAAGAGACUGGCACUUAUGCAUAUGAAGCAGAGUCGCCUGAUGAAGGAGCAUUUCUUGUUGCAGCCAGGGAAUUUGGUUUUGAGUUUUUCAAAAGAACUCAAACAAGUGUUUUUGUCCGUGAAAGAUAUAUAGGUUCAGGACAAACAACCGAGAGGGAGUACAAAAUUCUAAACUUGUUGGAAUUUACUAGCAAAAGAAAGCGGAUGACAGUAAUUGUGAGGGAUGAAGAAGGGCAGAUUAUUCUAAUGUGUAAAGGUGCUGACAGCAUUAUUUUUGACCGAUUAGCAAAGAAGGGGAAAACGUAUCUGGAAGAUACUACUAAGCAUUUGAAUAUUUAUGGAGAAGCUGGAUUGCGUACAUUGGCACUGGCUUAUAGAAAGCUUGAGGAGUCUGAGUACUCUGCAUGGAACAAUGAAUUUCAGAAGGCAAAAACUUCUAUUGGGGCUGAUAGAGACACAAAUCUUGAAAAGGUGGCAGAGAUGAUGGAGAAGGAGUUGACUCUCGUUGGUGCUACUGCUGUGGAAGACAAAUUGCAGAAGGGGGUACCCCAAUGUAUAGAUAAACUUGCACAAGCGGGUCUAAAGCUCUGGGUUUUGACAGGGGACAAGAUGGAAACUGCUAUAAAUAUAGGGUUUGCUUGCAGUCUGCUAAGAGAAGGCAUGAAGCAGAUCUGUAUUACUACACUUGAUUCAGAGUCCAAGGAGGCAAUUAAGGAGAAUAUAUUGACGCAAGUUAACAAUGGUUCACAAAUGAUCAAACUAGAAAAAGAUCCAUAUGCUGCAUUCGCAUUGAUCAUUGAUGGGAAGACUCUUGCAUAUGCCUUGGAGGAAGAUAUGAAGUUUCUAUUCUUAGGCUUAGCUGUUGAUUGUGCAUCGGUCAUAUGCUGUCGUGUAUCUCCCAAGCAGAAGGCACUAGUUACAAGAUUAGUAAAAGAAGGAACUGGUAAAGUCACUCUAGGAAUUGGUGAUGGUGCAAACGAUGUUGGAAUGAUUCAAGAAGCUGACAUUGGAGUUGGCAUCAGUGGUGUGGAAGGUAUGCAGGCUGUAAUGGCCAGUGACUUCUCUGUCUCCCAAUUUCGUUUCUUGGAAAGACUUCUCGUUGUUCAUGGACACUGGUGCUAUAAGAGGAUUGCACAAAUGGUUUGCUAUUUCUUCUACAAGAAUAUAGCAUUUGGCCUCACCCUCUUCUACUUUGAGGCAUUCACCGGCUUUUCUGGACAAUCAGUUUAUGACGACUGGUACAUGAUAUUAUUCAACGUUGUUCUUACUUCAUUGCCUGUAAUCUCACUAGGAGUUUUUGAGCAAGAUGUUUCUUCUGACGUCUGCUUAGAGUUUCCCACAUUGUAUCAGCAAGGACCUAGAAAUCUGUUUUUUGACUGGUAUAGGAUACUUGGAUGGAUGGGCAACGGUCUAUAUUCCUCUCUCGUCAUUUUCUUCCUCAACAUCGUCAUCUUCUACGACCAAGCUUACCGUGCCGAAGGACAGACUACCGACAUGUCUAUCUUGGGUACGAUAAUGUUCACUUGCAUCAUUUGCGCUCUCAAUUUCCAGGUCUCUCUCAUAAUGACCCACUAUACAUGGAUGCAACACGUCUUAAUCUGGUUCAGCAUUGUCGCUUGGUUUAUAUUUCUUUUCAUUUACGGCAUGCUACCUCCGAAGAUUUCCCAUAGUGCGUACCAAAUUCUCACGGAAGCCCUCGCCUCUGCGCCUGUCUAUUGGAUAACCACCCUCUUAGUUACAAUUGCUUGUACUCUCCCAUACCUUGCUCAUAUGUCUUUGCAAAGAUGUUUCAACCCAAUGGAUCAUCAUGUCAUCCAAGAGAUCAAGUACUUGAAGAAAGAUGUCAGUGAUCAAGUCAUGUGGCGUAGGGAGAAAACGAAGGCAAGAGAGAAGACGAAGAUCGGUUUCACCGCCCGAGUCGAUGCACUGAUCCGGAGUCUUAGAGGGAAGUUGAAUAAAAAAACACAUUCUAUUGAAUCCAACAAAUCUUACCCUCCUUCAUAACAAUGCACUUCAACUUAGUUUCAUUUUUAGGGGUCCCUUUUUUAACAACCAUUUGCAGGUUUACUUUGAGGUGCUGUUCCUUAUUAUUGUCAUCAUUAUAUUAUUAUUAUCAUCAUUAUCACUUAUAUUGCUCCAAUUCUUCAUUUUUCUUGGAGUAUCGAUCUUCCACCUUCUGACCGACAUGGAUAUAAGGAUAUAACCUUCAACUUAGAGAAAAAGCUUUGAACAUAUCAUAUCGAACACAUAUCCAUAUCUGACACUCAUUCA